AUGGAACCUGACACACGACCGAUUCGUCCCUUGUGGCUUGAUGCUAUUAUCGAACAGAUCAUUGAAGGACGAUGUUCACACUCGUAUCAUGUUACUGAUUGGUGGAUGACUGGAUCGAUCUAUCGUGGUUCACGACCGAUCGAUGAAAAACCAAAAGAAGUUAUUAUACCGCCAAGUAUCUUAACAACAGAUGGUGAAUUAGCAAUAGAAAAUUCACAAUUACAUAGCCAAGAGAAAGCAUAUCCAAGUUUUUUAUUUGGUCUUAAUGAAUCCAUUGAUAAAGAAAUAGACUCUCUAUUAGAAGACCUUAUGUAUUUGGCUCCCAUGGAUAAAAACGGACCGAUGAAUGGUCAAUGUGGUCCACAAACUGAUCAAAUGGAACAAUUUCUUUCCGAUGCAUUUGGUUUCAAAAAUAUUUCUGGAAAAUAUAUUGUUCCGGGCAUAAAAUCAUUUCAAUUAGACAAACCUCUGCAUGGUUUGAAUCCAAAUACACAAAUUCAUUUUCCUAAGAAUAUGGCAGAUUCAUUUACAAUGACUGUACAAGAAAUCAUCGAUUGGCAACGUUCAUAUAAAGUUUAUGCUGAUAAAACAACUAAAGGAAUAAAUAAAGGAUUUCUUAACCGUGCUUUACAAGGACAAAGUCAAGAUGGUGAAGAAGCCUUUCGUAUGAAAUAUGUCGUACGCAUUUCAAAAUGUCCUAUCUUGAUGGAAUUCGAUGCUAAAAUUAUAUCUCGCAAUGUGAAUGAAGAUUGGCCUAAUCGAAUUAAACUUGUUUCCAUUACAGGUAUUGAUUUUGCUGGUCGAAAACAUGACGUAGAUGAUAUUCUUUACUAUAUCUCGAAUUGGGAAGAAAUUUAUCACAUUGAUCAACGAUCAAAUUUACCAGCACUCUAUAGUGAAAGAGAUUUUUAUCGAAAAGUGAAUAGACCACGAGGUGAACUUAAUGAAGAACGUGUUCGAAACAAUUUGAUCCGUAUGACUAGAUUACGAUUACGUGCAUGUGAUGAGGAAGAUAUUCAGAUUGUUGUUGAAAUAGGUAUCGGACUUGGAGUAUUUUCUGGUAGUCAUAUUGGAAUUGAUGCAAAAGUACGAGCACUCUCAGCAGAAGCUAUUCGAAUAGUACUUGAGCAAGAUGGACCAUCAUACAAGAAUAUUCGUGCUAUCGUUUUUGCUCUACCUAUAUUCAAUAAAAACAAUUCUAACGAUCGUCAUCUCGAUGUUUUUAAUGAUUUUGUUGAUGAAUUUCGUAAAGCACAAUACAAUGGUCCUAUACCGGUACUGAUUACUGAUCAAGACAUGCAUCGAAUAACUGUAACUAUCGCUCGUCAUGGUUUCACUGUUGCCGAAGUAAAUCCUGGUGAUUCACAUGGUGUUUUUGGUGGAUAUUGGCAAAAUCGCAGAUCAUCUGUACAAGGAAAAUUAGCUCUGACAACAGCCGGUUUACUCGUACAACAUCAUCUUAUCAAUCCAUGCGUACUCGAUACGGAUAACUAUCACCUCUUAGAAAUCGAUGAAGUAGCCACUUUAGAUAGGCGACGCAUUAUAUCGGAUGACAAUGAGUGA